AAAUGUGCAUUAGGUACUCAGUUGUAUUUGAGUGUCCAUAGCGGUAGGGUAUCGAAAUAACUGUUGACCUUUUUUUUUUAUGUUCUGGUGAUGUUUCAAAUGGUAAUGUUUGAAAGUCCCCUCUCUAAUUGCAAUUGUAUGACACUCUGGUAUGUGUAUAAUUAUUUGAAUGGCUUGAAUUGAAAGUUGUCCUGUGAGCCUAAAAGAGAGCAUCACAAGAUCAGGAGGACAUCCUGACAAGAUUUAAGGUGGUGCAUGGACGGUGUACCAGGUGGAAAUGUCGUAAAGUUGGUGACAAGACAAUUUGCUUCAACUGUGUGCAGAACUGUUGCUCUUUUCAAUGACACCCUGAUAAGCAUUUCCAUGGUGCACCACCCACCACCUUAAUUAAAUCUUGUGAAUAAGCUGAUGCUCUCUUAAGGCUCCAGGACAUCUUUCAAUUCAAAAUACAGAUACCUGCACAAGUACAAUAAUAAAAGUAAUAAUAAAAUUAAUAGUAAAAGUCAGCAGUUGACUUCCAUAUAUGGAAGUCAUUGCUGUGUCUGCUUAGCCCUGUUACAAGAACUCUGCAAAACCCUGUACCCAAAAUAUUAUAGUCAGCAGUUGACUUCCAUAUAUGGAAGUCUUUGCAGUGUCUGUUUAGCCCUGUUGCAAGGAUUUUGCAAAACCCUGUACAAGAACUCUGCAAAACCCUGUACCCAAAAUAUUAUAGUCAGCAGUUGACUUCCAUAUAUGGAAGUCUUUGCAGUGUCUGUUUAGCCCUGUUGCAAGGAUUUUGCAAAACCCUGUAUGACAAUUAAGUACAUAAUUGUAAUACAAAGCACUGUGCAAUCUCAGAAAAUAUUAAUGCGCCUCGGUAAAAUUGUAAUUAUUAAUAAUUAUAUGCUCCUCAGGCUGACUAACAGUAUAUAUAUAUAUACAGCUAAGAAACCUAUAUUAUAACACUUGGUCAACUAAUAAUAUUAUACAUAAUGACAAUACUGAUGUUCCUGCCAUUUAUUAUGAUGUGUGUGUGUGUGAAAUCUAUGUGAAGUUUAGGGUACGUACACCAUCCCAUAGUAAAUAUGGUGGUUGUUUUUAUGUGUGUGUACUCAGAGGAGGAGGUCCGACACGAGUACCUCGAUUAGGUUUAAUUAGUCACGUGUAACAAUGAUUUCACUGUUGAAUUUUGCACGUGACCAAGCCUAGUCAAGCCUAAUCAAGGUACUCGUAUCGUACCUCCUCUGGUGUAUACCAGAGGAGGUACGACAGGCGCGGUGCAGCUUAGGCAAUUAGCCCACUCGCCCACGCCCCGCCCACGUCGUAUGUUUUUGCUGAGAGUAAUCAGAGGCUAAUUGCUUGAGCUGCAUUACGCCUGUCGGACCUCCUCUGGUGUGUACUAUAGACUACUGGUAUAUGUGUGUGUGUGAAUCAGUGAUCAUAGGAUAAUAAUUAUACUGAUUUAUGAUUAGAUAACUGUGCAUGUGUCCAAAUAAUGGGCUUCCUGGAAAUGAAUCACAUGAUAUCAGCUAGAAAUUUUUAACAAUGGAGUCUCCUGAAGAUUGUGGGCAAGUCAAACCUCAACAAACUCACAAGAACACUACUAUUGAAUCUGUUGGCUAUUAUGACAUCAUGAUCAUUGGUCGAUCUGGCAUGGGUAAGACCACUACUGCGGACAAGAUUCUCAUAGCCAAUCCUGAGGGUAUCGAUUAUCAAUCUAAAUAUCCCUCACGAAUAGAUGAAGCACUGGAUAUCGACCAUUACAAUCAGAUUAUGAAACUUCAAGACCUAUGCAUGUGGCAAAUCCCCAAUGACCUACAAAGGGUUGACACGCGAAUGAAAAAGCUCGCUUCCUAUAGAACCUUGAUAGACCAUCCGGCUCACUUGAGUAUCAACGAAGCCCGCAAGGAAGUCAACGAAAGAACGCUCAAGUCUGAGCUAUUCUCCAAUGAGACCACCAAAGUUCGGGUGCUCGAUGUUCGUGGUUUUUUUAGUCCCGUCUCCAAUGUGCAAAUUAGAACAAGUUCACCGAAUUGCCAACAUCCAUCCACUGCAAGGGCAUUGAAUAUUGAUUCUUCUCAUUUGGGAACCAUGAGAAACAUCCUUCACAUUCAAGCAGCCAUGUCAAUGAAGUUCGCACGAGUUCUCUAUUUUCUGCCUUCCCGUGAUACCCUCGAGGAUUCAAGUGCUGAUUUGCAACCAGAACUUGAACUAAUGUUUUACUACUUUGGACGAGCAAUAUUUGAUACAAUGGUCAUUGUGGCCACCCUGGGGCCAGUUAGCUACAAGAUGUUUAAACAUGCCGAAGUCACGUUCCCAGACGAUGAAUUGGAGAGAUCUCAAGUUGCCUUUCAAGCAGCUCUUAAAAAGUUUAUACCUGUAGAUACGCCUAAUCCUCCCAUCAUCUUUGUUUCUCUAAACGAGUCUUGCGAAUCGAUUCUCGAGAAGGUGAAACAAACUGAAGUUGCUUAUGACAGUCUUCGGCUUCAGCUAAAAUCCACUGUUUGUGCUCGAUGCUCGGUUACUAUUGGAGAACAGAAAGGAGAAAGAGUCGCCACUACAUCUUGCUCCGAUUGGUCGCAAUCAAUCAUAUACGAGGAUUCCCAAUGCCACCCCUUGAUGGUGCCCAAGUACACAACACUGCAGAAAAUUGCUGGAGGCAUUUCAUAUACUGUGAAGACCGUUGCUAAGGGUGAACCUUGGAAUUGGCCUGAUUUCAGUGUGGAGGAAUGUGCUGCGUGUGGUCGCCCUCCAGGUAGCCAUGGCUGUACAAAGAUAUUUACUGAGUAUGUUAUAGAUGGCGAAACUUACGUGAUCGAUCACAAUAACAAAGUGGAAGAAAAUGCUUUCAAUCAUCAAAAGCUGUUUCAAGAAGACUCGGGUAUACCGACUGACUCUCCCUCACCCGAGCCCCCCAAUCCAGACGACAUUCCUUCCCCCGACUCUGAUGGAGGAAGAAGAGUUCAAUCAGACGCUCUAGUUUCGGUUUUUCAACGUAAACAGCACACAAUUCGUCCCAGUGUUAGCCUCAGCAGGAUUUCAACAACCCGGACUGAUGCGAGAUUGAUAGCACCGACCCCGCGUCCCAGAACUAAGUUGAAUAAAUCAACAAAUGCGAUUGAGAUAGUCUCUAACCCCCAGCCCAGUAUCAGUGCCGCUAGUAUGUACAGUGAAAAGGGAUACAGACAGAGUGAGGAGAAUGCUCCCUCGGAAGUUGAUAUUGAGGAACGUGUUUUUAAGCAACAAGUAACUGUUGAUGUUGAACAGCAAAGGGUAGAUACUUCCUCUGGGAUACAUGAUCUUUCGAGUCAGUCGGACAGAAAAGAAACAUAAAAAUAAUAUAAUUAUGUCGUUUUUUAAUUACAUGUUAUUGUGUAUCACUUAAAUUACGUUAUUUAUUGACUGUGCAAAAUACUAUAAUUGUGUGCGCUAUGAAUAAUGAUAAUUUAUAUUGUAUUUCCUGUGUGCUAUAGAGGUCACAUUAAUUAAGAAGUUGCUUUGUUGAAGCAAUUAAUGGCUGAGGCAGAGAGUGACAGCCUAAGCCCUACAAGAUGUGGGGGACAUAGUAUUGUCACCCAAGAAGAAGGGCAGGAAGACCCAUCCAUCAAGGCCAUGGGCUACUUCGACAUCAUGAUCCUGGGUUUGACCGGCCAAGGCAAAACUACGACUGCUGACAAGUUGCUCAUAGCCAAUCCAGAUCAUAUAGACUAUGCACAUGCGUACCCUUCAAGUGCACAUGGUGGUGGACAAGCUUCUGUACUGCCUAAAGCCGCAGAAGCUAGAUAUCAAGAUCUCUCAAUGUGGCUCAUUCCCAGCGACCAAUUUUCCUUAGAACGAAUUUCAACUCGAAUGAAGAAUCUUGCGUUUUAUCGAAUCUUACAAGACCCUCACCUAGAAGUGAAUGCUGCCCAUGAUAAUAAUAUGAGAGUGACUGAGAGGACUUUGAAAUGUGAGCUGUUUUCGAAUGAGAAAACAAAAGUUCGAGUGCUGGAUGUGCCGGGAUUCUUUGGGGCAAUGACAGCUGAGCAAUUUCAAGCUAACGUACCCGAGGGCCGUUCCCCAACCACUACGACUAGUAUCAUGGAAGACACGCAUGCCACCCAUAUUCGUUCCAUGAGGAGAAUUCUUCACACUCAGACUAUAAUGAAAAUGAAGUUCAAUCGCAUCCUCUACUUUCUCCCCUGCAGGGGGCCAUUGUCUAUCAUUAGCGCUGCUCUCCAGCAAGAGCUGCAGCUCCUAGUGUACUAUUUUGGAAGGCACAUAUUUGAUACUAUUGUGCUUGUUGCUACUCUAGACGGAGUUACCUACAAUAUUGUCCCGGAAGGUAUUGAUGUGAUAUUCCCAGUAGAGAGGCUCGAAAGCUCAAGGAGACGGUUUCACGAAGCUCUAAAAAUAUUUAUUCCUGAAGACACACCAAAUCCUCCUAUCAUCUUUAUUUCACUUCGAGAGACGUGCGAAUCGAUUCUUGAAAAGGUGAAAGCGACUCAAGUCAUCCAAGAAGGCCUACAACUAGAGUUAAACCCCACGCUUUGCUCUCGAUGUGGUGUAACCAUUGGAGAGAAAAAUGGAGAGAGAUUAGUUGCCGUAAAGAGAUAUGGAUGGCUUAAAAAUGUGUCUGGUGGUUUUGAUUGGUCGGACGCCAUCCCGUAUGAGCACUCUCGUUGUCACCCUGUUUUAGUGCCUAGGUUCAAUCGUGGACAGAAGCUUACCGAGGGUAUUGCUUACACCAUACGAGCUGUUGUUCAUCGCGAGUGGAAUUGGCCUGAUUUGAACGUCGAAAAAUGCCUCAAUUGUAAUGCUAUACCUGGUACUGAGGGCUGUUUGAAGGUUGGCUCAAAAUAUAAAGAAAAACUGGUCGACCAUACAAACCGAGUUGAGGGCUAUGCCCAUCGUGAAUUGAACCAAAGGCAAUCGAAAACUUCAGGUCCUUCUGAGAGCAAUUCUGAGUCCAAAGAAGAUUCUAUUGGCAGUGUGAACGGAAUCGAGAGGCUGCCAGUUAUCGAGCAGCAGAGUUCAGAUGCGAGUUUGGCUAGCGAGGGAUCUGUAUUUGGUCAAGAAGGAGAUAACAAUCCGUCGAUUUUAUCAGAGUCUUCAGAAGGUUUUAUUACGAGAGAAGUGAGCGUGUACAUUGAACCGGAACACAGCCCUCAAGCUUCUAUGAGGUUGAACUAUGGGAACAAAGAUGAGCAAAGGCGCUCUCCAGAGACAGAGUCGAACGAAUCUGAAAAGAAAGGAACAUGAACAAUUAUCUAUUGUGUGUGUGUGUGUGCGUGUGUGCUAUCUAUUUUUGAUUUUCUUAUUUUUAUAAUAACCGAACAUGAUGUAGUAGUGGCAUAAUUAUGUGUGUGUUUGCUAUCUAUUUUGAACAAUGUUGUAUUGUCUAUUUUGACUUGAUUGCUUUCAUAAUAACCAAACGCUGAA